UGACUGAACUCGAAGGGAUCUUCUCUUCGAGUCCAAACGCACUCGAUCCCGAGUGAGAGUAAGAAGGGUAGGGUUUUUGAAGGUUUCUUGCACACACUAAAACUUGGCAUUUUGAAAUCAAACAGACAGCGGGAAUCUUCGAGCUGUAUUUCCAUGGCGUUUCUAUUUCAGAAGUUUCAAGAGGCUGUGAAAACUCUUGCUAAGAGUCCAAUGUUUGCCAGGGAUCCAAGACACCUCCAAUUUGAAGCAGAUAUAAAUCGCCUCUUCCUCUAUACAAGCUAUAAUCGUCUUGGAAGGGAUGCUGAAGAGGCAGAUGCAGAAGAGAUUAUUGACAUGGCUAGCAAAGCGCCCCUUGCUGAUCAGCAGAAACAAGUACAAGAAAACAUCCAUUAUCAAAUCAAAACCUUCUGCACAUCAAUGGAUGAAAUUCUUCUUCCCAGUUUCAAAAGCAUGGAAGGGCUACCUAACUCACAUACACAAACAAAUAUUUCUCCCCAACGUAGUGGCCUUGGUUUGGCUAUUGGUAGAAGCAAACUACCAACCAAAAAUGCUGCUGUGCCAGAGACAAAAGCUCUGUCUUGUGAUGAGCUCUCACAAUGUUUGAAAGAUUACAUUGGUUACACUCUUGAUCUCAAACCAUCUCAAAUUCUCCACGAGGAAGCUGGCCAAGGCUUAUUCUUAAGUGGUGAAGCUAGUGUUGGUGCUGUUGUUGCCUUUUACCCUGGUGUAAUAUACUCCCCAGCUUAUUACCGUUAUAUCCCUGGAUACCCAAGGGUUGAUGCACACAACCCUUAUUUGAUCACUAGGUAUGAUGGGAUUGUGAUCAAUGCACAGCCUUGGGGUGCUGGUGGUGGAAGCCGUGAACUAUGGGAUGGGUUAGUUGUACCCGAAGUCAGUUCCAAUGCACCCAUCAUGUCUGUGGAUACUGAGCGAGGUUCUGAUCGGUUUUGGAAGACGCUUAGUAAACCUCUGAAAAGUGGUCAAGGAAUAAAUGCUGGGGAGGUUUUGGAGCGGCGGAACCCAUUGGCAUUGGGUCAUUUUGCCAAUCAUCCCGCAAAGGGGAUGGCCCCAAAUGUCAUGGUGUGCCCAUAUGACUUCCCUCUAACAGAAGAGGACAUGAGAGCCUACAUUCCAAAUGUGGUAUUUGGGAAUGAAGAACAGGUGAAGAUGAAGAGGUUUGGCAGCUUUUGGUUCAAGUAUGGGAGCUCAGCUAAUGAUGGAUCAGAUGUUCCAGUUUUGAAGUCCCUUCUUCUGGUGGCAACGAGGAGGCUGUGUGACGAAGAAGUGCUCUUAAACUACAGGUUGAGCAAUUCCAAGAGACGGCCAGCAUGGUAUACACCAGUGGAUGAGGAGGAAGACCGAAGGAGGUGGGGCUAGAUAUUCUCCAGUUUUGCUUUUGCUAUAAAAAAAUAGUUUUUCUUUUUCUUUUCUUUUCUCCUCUCUCUCUCUCUCUAACAUCCCUUGUCCUGGUAUAUUGUAUGAUUGGCAUCGAGUGCCCUUUAUAUGCAUGCUCCUUAUUUUGGAAGUUUUUUGUUCCAUUUGUCAACAUGAAAAAAAUUCUCAAUUUCCAACUUGGAGAGGUACUUGGUUGUCAGCUUCGAACAACAUACAUUGAAAAUCACAAUGUUUGACAAUCCGUUUUUUUUGAAUAAGGUUGUUGCAAUGAUUAGCGUUUGGGAUU